AGCAUUUGCAGUGUUUUUCAUUCCAAGCUAGCAGAGCCGUUGUCAAGUCAAGAAUCAAAUUAUUUGAUGAACCAUGCUUACCAGUUGGGUGGUCAGUUUUGGAUAGGGAUUUCCGACAUAGCUGAAGAAGACAGAUGGAUUUAUUCCUCUUCUCAGCAACCAAUCACAAUCCGUGACUUCAACUCCAACAAUCCAAACGGACAAAAGAACAGUAACUGUGUAGUACUUUGGCACGAUUACCACGGCCGCUGGUCGGAUGAACCAUGUCAUUCCACCUUUUAUUUUAUCUGUGAAGCAGAAAAUGAAACCAUCGGGGAAGUCGUUGGCUGAGCUCGGAGUUUCCGAAUCCUGAUUUUUCUUUACAUGGUUUUAUUCUAAUAAAACUAUCUCUAUGUAUAACU